UUUGGUGUAUCCAACUGUACUAGUGCUUCUCAUGGACUGUGCAAGUCGGACGAUGUGUGUGAGUGUACACCAGGUUAUAUUGGUGAGGCGUGCAAUGAGAGAGCGCGUUGCGAUAACGUGAACCAUUGUUCUGAUCAUGGCGUGUGUGUCGAUCAUGAUAAGUGUGAGUGUGAGUUGGGUUGGGCUGGUAUUAAUUGCACUCUCUACUCGUGCGAACUCAACGGAUACUGCAGCGGCCACGGUCGAUGCGUCGAUUUUGAUGUGUGUCAGUGUGAUGUGGGAUGGGCUGGUGGUAGCUGCACCACGCCUCUCUGUAACGGUGUAGACGAGUGUUCCGGUAACGGCGAAUGCGUGUCACCAAACGCUUGCCAGUGCUACGAUGGAUAUUCGGGUAGCAAUUGUGCCGUUGCCGACGUUUGUCCUGAAGUGAACGAUUGUUCUGGUAACGGAGUGUGCCUUUCCAAAACAAAGUGUAGAUGUUACUCUGGCUAUUCUGGCAAAUAUUGCAGUCAAGCGCAGUGCAAGGGAAGGAACGAUUGUUCCGGUCACGGCAAAUGCGUUGAAGUGGAUCUGUGUGAAUGUGAGUUUGGAUACACCGACUCGAACUGCAGUUCCUACUCGUGCGAGACACAUGACUUCUGUUCAGGUCAUGGAACGUGUUUAUCGUUUGACCGAUGCUUAUGCAAAAUCCAUUGGAACGGUGUAGCUUGUGACAUUCCCGAUUGCUCCAACGUGGACAAUUGUACCGACCUUGCUCACGGGACCUGCAUUGCUCCUAAUACGUGCUUAUGUGAGGCGCAGUAUGAUGGAGACAGUUGUAAUGAAACAGCAGAAAGCAACGCCAACCCACCAGUAUUUGCAACAUCAAAAGUCAGUCUGAUAGCUGCGUCCACCAGUCGCGUGGGAUCGACAAUUUUGAGUUUAUUUGCUACCGAUGGUGACCGCGGUAAAAACGGACACUUAUCUUACUCUCUCACCAGCACUAACAACAACCAUACAUAUUUUCUAUUAAAUGGUAGCUCGGCUGAUAUCAUUCUAUCAAAGUCACUCGAGUAUUUAACUGGAUCUCUAUUGACUUUCAAUGUCAUUGCUACUGAUGGUGGCGUGCCGAGUCUAACAGGAUCUGUAAACAUUGAAGUAUCCGUAGUGAAGCCCAAUCAACAUUGUCCCGUCUUCAAGAAUCUUCCCAAAGUCGUUCAUGUUCCGGAGAGUGCUGGGAUCGGAUAUGUGAUAGCUCACGUAACGGCAACCGACGACGACGGUGCCGAUUCGGUCAAUGGCGUCGUCAGCUAUUCGUUGGAAACGACUAAUGCAAACACCAUCGCUACGCAAAACCAACUUUCGAGCGAUGUGGACGCGUUUUCAAUAAAUACGAAAUCUGGAAAGAUAACAUCCCGUCGUCCACUGUCUGACGAUACGUAUAGUGUGAUCGCAGUGGCGUCAGACCAGGCCAGUCCACCUUGUAGGUCUACAGCUACUCUUCAAGUUAAUGUACUCUCCUCUAAUACUCCUCCUCUCUGUGAACCAUCUAAUGUCGCUACAUCUCUUCCCUACACUACAGCAGUCGGUUCGCACGUUUUGCGUUUGGAUGCCGUAGACAACGAUAACGGGACCGAUGGAAAUCUGAUCUUCUCUUAUUCUAACUUUCAAUCACUUUUCUUGCACAAUGUAUCACCAUUGGCACUAAUGCAACGUAACAAGACAGCAUACUUUCAGCUUUCCAAUCCACUCCGCUCACUUACCGACAGCAAUUCCAAAUCUUACGAUCUCUCGUUUUUGGUAAGCGUGACAGACGCUGCUCGUCGUCCCAGAUCGUGCAAUUUUGCAGUCACUGUUAUCGUCACGCAUCCAUUUCAGUUUAGACACACUUCGCUAUCGUCUAGCAUCAACGAAAAUACCGACAAAGGAGUUUCAUUGAUAUUAACCCCAUCUCUAGAACUGAUGACGAACUUGAGUGGAAUUAUAUACAAUCUGCACAAUGCAGAUCAGUUACCGUUUUCGAUCGACCCAACUACAGGAACUGUGACCGUUUCUGGAUCAAUCGAUUACGAAGCAAUCUCUUAUUACGAUAUCGCCAUAGUGGCUGGCACCUCCGUUGACCCUCAAGCUUUUUCUGUUGCUCACGUCGACAUCACAGUAAUAGACGAAAAUGACAAUCCUCCUCGUUUUCCAUUUUCACAUUACAAUGUCUACGUAAAAGAAGACGUGGCCAAAGGCGUAACACUUUUGUCUCUUUCAGCGACUGAUGCAGAUUUACUAGGAGGACAGGUCGUGUAUUCACUGACUUCGCAGUCACCAUCCAAAAAAGAUCAACAUUUUGUGGUAACAACGACCGUCAAUGGAAUCACGAUUGAUGUAGCAGAUGACGCCAAUCUAGAUUACAAAAUUACAAACAGAUACCAACUAGUAAUCAAAGCGUGGGACCGCGCGAAUCCUCGCUUGUUCAGUGAAGCGUCCAUCACAAUUCACGUAGAAGAAGGAGACUUCCCAAGUCCGGCUUUCCAACAACGCUCAUACGACGGUUGGGUGCAAGAACACACAGCCACCGGAAAGAUUGUGUUGACUAUACCAGCUCUAGUCAAUGGCAAGAUAGGCAAUCGAGUCACCUAUUCAAUGACAAACCAGAUGUCCGACGCAUUGCCCAUCUCCGCAUUCGACGUGUCUGCUAACGGCUCCAUUAUCCUUCACACUUGUCGCUACGGUUACUAA